AUGACAAACAUUUAACAUCAUUUUAAACUAAUCGUCACACAAACAAUAUUCUUAGCUGAUCUGAUCGAAACAACCAUAAGUUUAAGCGUUUUAUUUGUUCUUGUGAUGUAUUGGAUUAAUUCUCAGAUAUCGAGUAAUAAUGAGACUAUUAUUGAAAUAAUGAAGGCUAAUAUCACUCUAACAGGUAUUGAUCUCUAACAAACUAUUUCCUCUAUUGGGUUUUUGUUCAACAUUACCAAAUUGACUCUUAAUCAAUAAGUGAUUUCCUAACAAAAUUCUACUUUGCAAACAGUUAUAGGUGCAUUUACAAUUAUAGAAAGGUCUUAAAUUGCAUAGAUCGAAGAGAUUACUUCAAUAUCAAAUCCGAAUCUCCCUUAUUAUGUGAUCUAACUUACUUCCAACAGUUUGUGUACUUCAAACAACACUUUAAAUUAGUAUAAUUUUAAAUCAACUCCAAAUUGCACAAAUAAUCCGAAAUUCUGUUAAUUAUUGCAGAACUCUUAUGACGAUUAGGGUAAUUUUGAUCUAUUUUUGUAUAUGAAAAAUUAGAGGAAAGAUUAAGUGGUAUUUUAUACUUUGUUUCCCUUUAACAUUUAAUUGACUUAAAUUUGUGGUCUAUUAGCAAAUGAUUCCUUGUUUUAGUGUUUCAUCUUGGAUUUAGCAGAAUAUAAAUAAUCCGAGGGGAUUUUGUAUUCUACAUUGUUUACAAUAAAUAAUUCAGUAGUUUCAGAUGUAACUGAUGACUGCCUGAAUGCUGAAAUGAAGUGUAGUGCAGCUACAGAGUUCAAUAAUAUGGAUUUAGAUUACUCGAACACUUAAGACAUCGUUGAGUUUUUAGAUAGUAUAGACAAGGCUGAUUGGUUGAAUUAAAUGCAUCCUCUGACUCGUUAUUAUGAAUCAUCCAAUCCAAUUAUUAGUUUAUCAAUGAUAGAUAUUAAGGUCUACUUUUAUUAAUCAAUUCACAUCGGAACAUAUGACAUCAACGAUGAAUUCUAUUCAGAGUACAAAGAAGAUUUAAUAAAUUAAACGAAAGAAGAGUAAGAUAAACUAAAUGCGCUUCAAUAAAAUUAUGAUAGAUGGCAAUUACUAGCUACAUUCAACAACAAAUUGUAUACAAAUUUAGUAGAAACCAAACAGGAAGAUUAUUUUGAUUUCUUUCUGUUUUUCUAAGUGUUUAUUCUCUUUUUAUUGUUGACUCCAAUUUUAGUGAAUAUCAUAACUCAAAAUGAAUUUGAUUAAAUUAGCAUAACUUUAAAUUAAGUAUCCCUGAUGAUGUAAAUGUUUUUUGAGUUGGAUUAUGAUACAUUGCAUAAAGACUUGAAUGCAUUUAAAGAAUACUAAAAAAGUAGUUUAACUGAAUUGAAUGAAUUGAUCUAAAUAUUUGAUGAGUUUUGUUGGUUGAUUGAUUUCUUAAAUCAAUUAAACAAGAAAGUUCAUGAUUUGGAAAAGUUAGAACAAGGAUUGCAUAUAUUUUAGAAAAGGAACUCCAUAGAAUGUUUGGAAUUGAUCUUGAUGAAGUUGGUAUCAGAACACAGUCGAUAAAAGGAUUAUGAGACCGCUAUCACAUACAACAAACAACUAAUCUCUAUACUUGAAUAAUAAAAGAAAGACACAUAACUGAUAAAAUCGGAGGAGAUUAUGAGAAUAAACUAUAAAUUGUUUCAAUCUCUAAAUCAAUUAUUAGAUCUAUUAUCAAAAUUAUUAAUUCGGAAUAAGAGUAGAGAUAGAAAUGCUUUCAACUAAGCGAAAACUUUAUUCUCAAAUAUUAUGGAUUUUGCGGACACCUUGGAAAUAAAGUUCACUUUACAAAUUAAGUUAUUCUUUAAAAAGUGCAAACUACUCUUCAAUCUUAGGAAAAUUAAGGAAGCUGAAUAAUGCAUUGAUUAAGCUCAAUUAAUUUUGUAAUAAAACUACACCUUAAGUAAAAACGCAUCUUACUAAAACAAAACAUUCAAUUAAGACAAAAAGCUAUUGUAGGUUGUUCAAUAGAAAAUCUAUUUCUAUAGAGGAUUAAUAUAUAUGUCAAGCGGUUAAAUACAGCCUGCCAUCUAAUAGUUGAUGUUAGCUCUAGAUUAUGGGAAUGUAUAUCAGACAAAAUUAAGAGUAAAAACAAUCAAGAUGCUGUCAACAUUACUUGCAAAAUAAGAGAAAUUUAAAUCUGAUAGUUAAAUUUUAAAAUAACUACAAUACUUUUUCCAAAAUUAAAAACGAUAGUUUAUAUUCCUAAUUGACUCCACAUAAAGAAUGGCUGAAAACCAACUUGAAGUUGUAGAAACCAUCAAAUAAAUAUUUUAAAUUAUGAAUGACGAUGAUUUGAUAUAAGUAUCAACUUUUGAUGAGUAUACGCAUGUAUUAAUUGAAUCCUAAUCAAAAAUUAGUAUCCUAGAAACUAUGGGUAAAAAUUAUAUGGAAGAUGGAUUUUUUGAUUAUUUAAGUGGGAGGUAGACCCAAAAUUAGCGCAAAUUAUAUUAAGGUAUUUUGGAAUCCUUAAAUCAAUCCCUUCCUAAAAAAUAUACUAAUUACUUAAUUGUAAUGACUUUUGGAGAAAAUUAUGCUGAACAAAAUGAUAAAUUAGUAGAAUUGUUGGAAAAGUUGAGAGAAGGAUUCUGGCAUUUCAUAUUGUGUAGUACAUAAGAAAAGAAGUUUAUGAAUCAAAGGAAUACAUUCUAUCGAUUAACAGAUGAGGCCAGAGAUGGGACCUAUAUUGAAUUGUUUGCCAAUUUUGAAGAAGGUUUAAGUAAGAUUAUUUCGCUGUUUAACAUGUUUGAGGAUGAUUUUGAUUUAGGGAAAUAAGAUGAUUUGGCCAGGGAAGUGAAAGAGAUGGAGGUGAAGGCAAAUACAUUGCAAGAGAAAUCGCAGCAAGAUCGAUAUCUGGAAUUCAGCGAAAUGGUAUUAAAUUCCUUUAAAAUGAUGGAGUAAAAAUUUAAUGAAAUGGAAUCUAAAUUUAGCAAGGUCUUAUAGUCUAAAAACAAAGAAAAUACUACAAGCAACAUCAGAUAAAAAAGUGUUUCGGUUGGAAAGAUCUACGCGCCUCCAAAAAUAUCAGUUGGUAAGAUUUCUUUACCUAAACAUUAACCCCCUCAAUUAAAGAAAAGCAUAUUAAAAACAAAAAAAUGAAAUGAAUUUAGUUACUAUUACAACUAUCUAUAUUUAAUAUUUGUUCAAUAAUUCUACAAUUUAUA